AGCAACCAGCCUCAUCGGUGCUCUCCAAGGUUUUCCAUUUUUCCAUCCAUCCAGAUCAAAAGGUUUUCUUUUCCUUUUUCUGCUCCUGGUUCAACCCCUUACGAAACCCUACCGCGCGCACCCUCCUCUCGGCCUCCAGUCUCCCACCCUCUCUGGCGUUCGGCGGCGGCGGUUGAACGGCGGCUGGCAGCGGCGUAUCUGCAGUUUUCUGAAGAAUUGCGUCUGUCCGCCCUUGUUGCAGAGCAAUCCGAGAAUGGCCUGGGGUCAGGGUGCUAGAAGGCCCAUACUAGGGCUUCUGUCUCGUGCUCAACGACAAGCUGCUCGAGGGUAUACUUCUGCAACGUUCGAAACUCACCUGUCGAGCAAUCAUUUUGCCCCAAAUGGCAUGAUUUGUAGGAGAUUUAGCUCUGAGGUGCCUGCUUCGGAGCAAAUGAAUCUUAUUAAACGACUACGCGAAAGAACAUGUGCCCCGAUCAAAGAUGUCAAGGCUUCGCUAGUCAGUUGCAACUGGGAUAUUGAGGAUGCACAGAAGGAUCUAAGGAAAAGAGGGGUGAUAUCUGCUGCCAAAAAGUCGUCAAGGACUGCUGCUGAAGGUUUGCUAGCUAUCGCACAAGAUGAGAAAAGGGCUGUUGUGGUUGAGCUAAACUGCGAGACUGACUUUGUGGCAAGAAAUGAUGUGUUCCAGUAUCUGGCUUCAUCCUUGGCAAAGAUGGCUUUGUCAGCACAGGAUCCCGGCAAAUUGGUUUUUCCUUUUGCUCCUGCAUAUUUGGAGAACAUGAGUAUUAACCUAGAUCAUCCUAAACUCAGUGGUGAAACAACUGUUCAAAAUGCUGUUACAGAAGUUGCUGCCAUGGUUGGGGAGAAUGUAAAACUCAGAAGAGGUUUCAUGUUGUCCACGACUGCACAUGGUGUCGUUUCAUCUUAUCUGCAUACCUGUCCUCAGCCAGGUUUGGGCCGCAUUGCUGGAUUGAUUACAUUAGAAGCAGAAGAUAGCAGUGCUUCCCUUGAUGCUCUCAAGAGAGUUGGGUCGUCUAUCGCAAUGCAUAUUGUUGCAGCAAAACCAUUAUUCUUAUCAAAAGAUUUGGUUUCUGCUGCAGCUCUGGAAAAUGAAUGUGACGUGCUCCGAACUCAGGCUGAGAGUUCAGGUAAACCCCAAAUGGCCAUAGAGAAAAUGGUGGAAGGCCGAUUGAGGAAGUAUUUUGAAGAUGUCGUGCUUUUGGAGCAAAAAUACGUUGUUAAUGAUAGCACAAACAUUAAGACUCUGCUGAAUGAUUUGUCAAAGGAGGUUGGUUCGAAAGUAACAAUUGGCAAUUUUAUCAGAAUGGAAGUUGGAGAAGGAAUUGAGAGCAGACCUGAGGAAACAGCUAAACCAGAAGCUAUGGUAGUCCUCACCGCGCGCAUGCUCGCUCGCAUUCCCCCCUCGUCGCCCUACCAGCCGGCCGCCGGUGCGCCCGCGCCCCCACCGUUGCUGUGGCCUGCACGCGCACUCGCCCGCAUCCUGGUCCCCGCCUCGACGUCGCCGGAGUCGCGCUGCGCCGCGGGUUACCGAACACGCAUGUCGUCCACCUCCUGCCUAGCCCCUCCCCCUCCGCGGCUCACCUGCGGUAGGGUUAGGCUCCCACCUCCCUCCGCCGCCGCAGAGAGGCCAUCACUCAGAUUUAAGCCUCGCGUGGCUGCUCCCACCAAGGGGUGGGGGCCGGUUCACAUCUCGUGCUUCAAGCAGGAGCACGAUGUAUCAACAACAUCUGAUGAUGGCACCGGCUUCAAGUACAAUGAGCAGGCAGAGAUCUCAGGGGACCCUGACCUGAAGGAGGAAGACGGUGGAAUCCCCAACAGGGAUGAUGAGAAUUAUGUAAAGGGAGACUGGUUUGUUAGAGCGCAGAAGAUAAAGGGAAAUCUACAGGAAACGGUAUCCAGAUUUUGGAAUGAGCGCUGGGCAGUACCUUGGACUGGACAAACAAUUACCCAGGUCAUGUUUUUGUGGAUCGCGGCAUUUUGGCUUGUGGGUUCCUGGAUAGUGCCAUUCUUGGCUCAUGCUGCCGGCUUUAGCAAGGAAACAUUGACGCACAGAGGCCAAGCAUUAUAUAGCCUCGUGACGGACAUAACUGAAGGCCUUGCUGGGAUUGCUAUCCUUCACCAGUGCCUAGGUAGAUUCCGUCCGCUUCCUCCAGGCUGGUUUGAGUUCAAAUUGAAGGGCAAAUGGCAUUGGGAUGUAGCGUUGGGGUGCCUGUUAUUCCCACUGGUGAAUUUGCUCUCUCACAUCAACAUCAGCCUAGUUCAUAUGUCAUCAGGGCCAGUCACUGGGGUAUCCAGUGUAGAACAAUCCAUCAUGGCCCGUGAUCCGGUGGCAAUGGUCUUGUAUGCUGUGGUAGUAACUGUAUGUGCACCUAUAUGGGAAGAGAUUGUGUUCCGUGGUUUCCUUCUCCCAUCUCUAACGCGAUACAUGCCUCUUCCAUGGUCAAUCCUGCUAAGUGCCGCAGCAUUUGCGCUAGCGCACUUCAACGUGCAAAGGGUGUUGCCGUUGAUAUUUCUCGGGGUUGUGAUGGGAGGUGUCUUUGCCAGAUCACGCAACCUAUUGGCAUCGAUGGUGCUUCAUAGCCUUUGGAACGGUUUUGUAUUCCUGGACUUGAUGAAGUGAGAGCUAUGACGCUAUUGUUGUCCAGCUUUUGAUAUAUCUUGUCGAGUUUCCUCCUACCUUUGUGUUUUCAUUUUGCAUGGAGAGUAAAGAAGCUAAGAAGGCUGGAGGUCAGGUUGUUUUAUAUGGAGAAUAGACAACAGAAGACAGCAUUUUGAAGAUUUUUUGUGUGGGGGGUCAGAAGAUAGCCAUAGGACUUGUGCCCAAAAGCAUGUUUUACUAGUGUAAAUUAUAUACGCGUGAGAAUAAUUGCCUCAUUGUGUAUAUAAUUCCCCAUUCAUAUGUAAUUGUGCAUUUUAUUCUUGAUUAUGUGCCCAGAAAUAUAAAUUACUUGGUAUA